AUGCGAAAUUUAAAAAAAAAUAUUCCUAAAGGUGAAGCUAUUAUCAAUGUUGGUUCAGUACAAGGUUAUGAUUCAUCAGCAGAAAUCAUAGAUUAUGCUAUAACAAAAGCUACCAUUGUUGGUUUUACUAAAGGUUUAGCACGUAAACUUUUAAAGAAAGGUAUUCGAGUUAAUUGUGUUGCACCUGGAACUGCUUGGACUCCAUUAGUCAUGUCAUCAUUUCCAAAAAAUGAAAAUGUUACAUUUGCUGAAGGAUGUCCAAUAAUACGACUAGCACAACCACGCGAAUUAGCACCAGCUGCUGAUUCAUCUUAUAUAUCUGAAUAA